AUGGCUUCCCCACCGCACCGGCAGCUGCUGCAUCACCACAGCACCGAGGUGAGCUGCGACUCCAGCGGGGACAGCAACAGCGUGGCGGUGAGAAUCAACCCCAGGCCUCAGCAGGGCUGCUCCUUGCCCAAGGAUUGCAAGUACAGCAUCUCCUCCAGCUGCAGCUCGGCCGAAUGGGGGGGGACCCGCCGGGCCGGAGGCAGGGGCAGCACCCGCUCCGUCCUCCGCCGCCAGAAGAAGCUGCCUCAGCUCUUCGAGAGGGCCUCUUCCAAGUGGUGGAACCCCAAGUUCGACUCCACCAACCUGGAGGAGGCCUGCAUGGAGAGGUGCUUCCCGCAGACCCAGCGCCGGUUCCGCUACGCCCUGUUCUACAUCAGCACGGCCUGUUUCCUCUGGGGCGCCUACUUCGGCAUCAACAUGAGGGAGAAGAAGAUGUUCUUCAUGGUGCCGGCCCUGUGCUUCCUUCUGGUGUGUGUGGGGUUUUUCGUGUUCACCUUCACCAAGGCGUACGCCCGCCAUUACGUGUGGACUUCGCUGAGCUUCACCCUCCUGGUUUUUGCUCUGACUCUGGCUUCGCAGUUCCAGGCUCUGAAACCUCUCUCAGGAAGUGGUGACACGUCCAACCAGACUUCCCGGGCAGAUCCCACAGAUAUCUGUCUCUCUCCAGUGGGCAGUUUCUCCAUGUGUAUCGAAGUGCUUCUGUUGCUUUACGCCGUGAUGCGCAUCCCCUUGUACAUCAGCUUUUUUCUGGGGCUGUCCUACUCGGUCCUCUUUGAGACCUUUGGGUAUCACUUCCGUGAUGAGACCUGCUUUACACCUGUUGGAGCCGGGGCAGUUUACUGGGAGGUGUUGAUGAAAGCCCUCCUGCACGUCUGCAUCCACGCCAUCGGGGUCCAUUUACUGAUCCUGUCCGAAGUCAGGUCCAGAAGCACGUUCCUGAAAGUGGGGCAGUCCAUCAUGCAUGGAAAAGACUUGGAAGUGGAAAAAGCUCUGAAAGAGAGGAUGAUUCAUUCUGUUAUGCCAAGAAUAAUAGCCGAUGACUUAAUGAAGCAGGGGGAUGAUGAAAGCGAAAACUCCGUGAAGGGCUAUUCCACCUACAGCCCGAAAAGCAGGAAGAAGAAGCCCUCCAUACAGAAAAACUCCAUAAUAUUCCGUCCUUUUAAGAUGUGGCAGAUAGAGCAAGUGAGCAUUUUGUUUGCAGACAUCGUUGGCUUCACGAAAAUGAGCGCCAACAAAUCUGCCCACGCUCUGGUGGGUCUCCUGAACGACCUCUUUGGGCGUUUCGACCGUCUGUGUGAGGACACUAAAUGUGAGAAGAUAAGUACUUUGGGAGACUGUUACUACUGUGUAGCUGGUUGCCCGGAGCCCCGGGCAGAUCAUGCUUACUGCUGCAUCGAGAUGGGUUUAGGAAUGAUUAAAGCCAUUGAGCAGUUCUGCCAGGAGAAAAACGAAAUGGUCAACAUGAGAGUCGGUGUUCACACCGGGACAGUCCUGUGUGGCAUUUUGGGAACGAGGAGAUUCAAGUUCGAUGUGUGGUCCAAUGAUGUCAAUUUGGCCAAUCUGAUGGAGCAGCUUGGGGUGGCUGGAAAGGUCCAUAUUUCGGAAGCUACUGAGAAAUACUUGGAUGAUCGUUAUGAAAUGGAGGAUGGGAACGUGAUGGAGCGAGUCGGGCAGAGCGCGGCCGAGCAGUUAAGAGGAUUGAAGACCUAUCUGAUCUCUGGUCACAAGGUGAAGGAGCCCCACUGCAGCUGUUCCCAAGCUUUGCAGCCUGGCUUGGAGCCCACAGAUGGAGCUGGGAUGCAGAAAACCUCAUCAGCAGAGAGCAUCAGUGACAUAAAGAGCCUCAAAUAUGUGGAAAAAUCUAAGCCUUGCCCUUCGUGUAGCACCACCCUUGCUCCCCACCCUGAUAUCACCACAGAUGAAGGAGCUAUCCAAAAUGGUUGUCAGGAUGAGCAUAAAAACAUUGCAAAGGCUUCAGGAGGACACAGCCCAAAGACUCAGAAUGGACUUUUGAGUGCUCCACAGGAACAAAAACUCAGCACUAGUCAAACCUCACUUUAUGAAAUAUUGCAAGAGAAAGGAAGAUGGGGCGGAGUGAGUCUGGAUCAGUCAGCUCUCCUUCCUCUGAGGUUCAAAAACAUCAGAGAAAAGACAGAUGCUCACUUUGUGGAGGUCAUUAAAGAAGACAGCCUCAUGAAAGACUACUUCUUUAAACCUCCUAUCAACAAGCUGAGCCUGAACUUCUUGGAUAAGAAUUUGGAGAAGGCCUACAGAUCAAAUUACCAGGAAGAGGUGAUAAGGAAUACUCCAGCAAAGACAUUUGGCAGUGCUACCUUCAGCUGGUUCCUGGAUGUCUUCCUCUCCACCGCAGUCUUCCUUAUUCUCUCCAUCAUCUGUUUUCUGAGACAUGGGGAGGUUGCAUCCCCUCCACCAACUACAGCAGUCGUGGUGUUCAUCGUUGCCAUCCUGCCAACAGUGCUGUCCCUUUUCAUCGCAAUUAGAAUGGCAUUCUUUCUGGAGGAGGUGAUGACUUGCACCAGGCGUUUCCUGGAGGUGACAUCUGGCUGGCUGCCUCGACAUUUUUUGGGUGCACUCCUGAUGUCUCUCCCAGCUUUUGCAGUUUUUUCACACUUCACCUCUGAUUUUGAAACAAAUAUACAUUACACCAUGUUCUUGUGCUCUGCCAUGCUGAUCUCCAUUGUGCACUACUGUAACUACUGCCAGCUUAGCUCCUGGAUGAGAUCUCUGUUGGCAACUGUGGUAGGAGCAGUGCUGCUCUACCUUCUGUUCUACGUCUCCUUCUGUCCAGCCAGCUCUGUGGGAACUUUUGAUCCAGAGUUGGCACAGAACUUCAGCUCCAGAAAGAGUCCAUGCAACAGCUCAGUGCCAAGUGACACAAAGAGGCCAGCAGACCUGAUCGGUGAAGAGCUGAUGUUGGUUUCUUUCCUUCUGCUCCUCCUGGUCUGGUUUGUGAAUCGAGAGUUUGAGGUCAGUUACCGUCUCCAGUACCACGGGAACCUGGAGGCUCAUCUUCAUCGUGCCAAAAUUCAGAGCAUGAGGGAUCAAGCUGACUGGUUGCUGAGGAAUAUUAUCCCAUACCACGUGGCUGAGCAGCUGAAGGUUUCCCAGAGCUAUUCCAAAAACCACGACAGCAGUGGAGUCAUCUUUGCAAGUAUUGUCAACUUCAGUGACUUCUAUGAGGAGAACUACGAGGGAGGCAAGGAGUGUUACCGAGUCCUGAACGAAUUAAUUGGGGAUUUUGAUGAGCUGCUGAGCAAACCUCAUUACAGCAGCAUUGAGAAGAUCAAAACCAUUGGGGCGACCUACAUGGCAGCUUCAGGCCUGAACACCUCACAGUGCCAGGAUGACAACCAUCCCCACGGCCACCUGCAGACCCUUUUUGAAUUUGCCAAAGAAAUGAUGCAAGUGAUGGAUGACUUCAACAAGAACAUGCUGUGGUUUAACUUUAAACUUAGGAUUGGCUUUAACCACGGCCCCCUCACUGCCGGGGUCAUUGGCACCACCAAGUUGUUGUAUGACAUCUGGGGGGACACUGUGAACAUUGCUAGCAGGAUGGACACCACUGGCGUGGAGUGUCGGAUACAGGUGAGUCAGGAGAGCUACCGUGUCCUCAGCAGGAUGGGGUACCACUUUGACUACAGGGGGACAGUCAACGUGAAGGGGAAAGGUCAGAUGAAGACCUACCUUUACCCAAAAUGCACGAACACUGGGGUCGUGCCCCAUCACAAGUUGUCUAUAUCCCCAGACAUUCGGGUGCAAGUGGAUGGCAGCAUUGGGCGGUCUCCGACGGAUGAGAUUGCCAACCUGGUGCCUUCUGUACAGAAUUCUGAUCAGGCAGCCCAUGGCACAGAACCCAAGGGCUCCCAUUCCACCAAGUUCAAGAAAGGCCCAGUCAAAGCACAGAAGAGGAGCAAAGCCUCGGAGAAGACUGACAGUGAGGAGGCAGGAACUGAGGAGGUCAAUGAACUGACAAAACUCAAUGUCUCUAAGAGCUUAUGAUGCACUGUCAGAGUUGCAUGAAGUGCUCUGUCCACAGAAACACACAGACAUUUGCAAUGGGCAGUUGUUGUUUGUUUGUUUUUUUUCAAGAGAGACCUUCUGGACACCUGGGCUGUACGUUUGUUUUCAUUUCAGCACCUAGUGCUGUGUGGAUCACAGCUCUUCAGGGCUUGUUUUCAUCCAUCUUUCUCCUCCAUGCCCCAAAUCACAUCCCAAGCUCCCCAGCUCCCUGUGCAACCAUCUUACAGCUGAGUAGAGGAUAUUAAGUGCCUUCAGAUAUACUCCAUUGGACUCCCUGUCAAGGUACAGAGGCCCCAAGUGAAAUCAUAGCUUUGGGUAUUUAUCUAAUUUUAAAGAAAAGAAAAGCUGUGGUUAUAUCAUUUUUAUUGUUGUUUCUCACAAAACACUUUUUUUGGCUAAUGCAACUCCUUGGGUUUUUUUAUAUCUCUGAACAAUGUUUUACUGUUAUAAGACCUUUUGUAUGUAAACACAGAGACAAACAUGCAUGUAUCUACCAUAUGAGACUGACAUCAAGUGCCAGUAACAUACCACGAAAGAAUGUCUUGGGGGUGACACAAGUUGACUUUGUGUUGGGCUGGAGGAGGAGACCUGCAGUGGCUCAAGGUUUAGUUAGAGUAGACUGAACAACUGCUGUAGUUUUUAUUCUCCUUUUACCAAGGCUUUCUUCAACCUUAACGUGCCAUUGUGUGCUUUGGAUACACUUCUUUUCCAUAUAGCAA